UGGCCCGGUGGAUGGGCGUGGCGGGGGUGCGGCCGGGCCAGCGGAACAGAACGGAACGGAACGGAACGGAACGGAACGGAACGGGCCGGGCGGCGGGCGCAGCCAUGUCCUUCUGCUCCUUCCUGCGGGGAGAGGUGUUCAAGGACCACUUCCAGCCGGGUAUUUACGUGUGUGCCAAGUGUGGCCAUGAGCUGUUCUCCAGCCGCGCCAAGUACGAGCACUCGUCGCCGUGGCCGGCGUUCACCGAGACCCUGCGUGGGGACAGCGUGGCCAAGCGCCAGGAGCGCCCGGGGGCGUUGAAGGUGAUGUGUGGCAAGUGUGGCAACGGGCUGGGCCACGAGUUCCUCAAUGAUGGGCCCAAGAGGGGCCAGUCCCGCUUCUGAGUAUUCAGCAGCUCGCUGAAGUUCCUCCCCCAAGGUAAAGCUGACCUGAAGGAGAAGUAAGUGAGCUGCUGCACCUGCCACUGCCCUGGGCUAAUCCUGCCUCCACUCCUUGGGAUGCACUGACCUUCCACAGCAGGAGGAACACCAAGGAAGCUCCUGGUCCGAGUUUCCCCUGAUUUCCCAGUCACAGUUUUCCCUUGAUUUCCCUGAUUUCCCUGUCAGUUUUCCCUGUUGCAGUUCCCCUCGAUUUCUCUGUCACGGUUCUCUCCUGGUUUCCCUGGCCCAGUUCCCCCUGGGGCUGUUCCAGCUCCAUCCCAGGAGCUGCUGUGCCUGUGCUGAGCCCUGGCUCAGCUUUGCUGUGACAGUGUCCAGAGCCAGGCAGGCACUGCUGCAAUCCAGGCAGUCAGGCAGGAUUAGCUGGGCUCAGGGCCGGGGUUAAUCCCUGGAGCUAUUCUGGGACCAUGCCAUGAAGUGCCCCAUAUAAACCCUCCCAGGGUGCUGGGGCAGGGAUGUUUUGUGGUCCCACUGGGCAGCAUCCAGAUGUUUCCCCCCCUGCCCACCUCCCACCCUGCAGGCACGGUUCCACACCGCUGUCCUCGACUCUGGCCUGGCCUUACACCUGACUCAGCACUGUGCAAACAAUUCCAGGGGCACUCAGGGUCCUCCCUGUGGGAGGGAGCUGGGAUUGGGACCAGGGGCUGUCCUUGGCACUGCUCAGGCUCUGGGAAUCGUGGCCUCAGUGCUCCCAAGAGCUGCCACACUCAUUCUCCUGAAUCCAGUGCCUCAUUCCUGGCCUCCCCUGCCUGUUCCAGGAGCCACAUCCUCCUCUGCAAUGGACACACCAGGAUCUUUCACGAGGGAAGAGGCUCUUGCUGACCCCUGGGGUUGAGGGGGGCUGCACUGUGGGUGCAGCUGCACUUGGGCACACCUUGGGGCCUUUUCUCUCCUCAUGUUUUCCCUCAAUCCCACAGAUCUGAGGGCACCAGGGGAGGUUUGCCACCCCAGCUCAUUCCCUGGAGCUCUCUGCUGGACCUCUCCAUGCUGAAAUAAAGCACUGAUUCACUGUG